GGAUAUUCAGAGAGUUUAGACACCGAGAAAGAACUUCAGCCUGCAGUCUACUGACAGAAGAGUAAACAACAGCUGAAAAAAAAACACAAUGAGAGACAGCCUGCAAGCCCUGUUUCUUUGUUGCAUUCUGGGACUGGCUUUUCCUUUACCACUACAAAAAUCCCGUGCCAAUGACACUGGAGGUCAAGAUAGUGAGACAUAUGGAGGCGUAGAACCACUUGGGGCUCCAAACCGUUGUGAGGAUGAAGAAGGGUUUGAUGCUGCUACCCUUGAUGAAAAUGGAGUAAUGAAUUUUUUUAAAGGUGACUUUGUGUGGAAAGGUGGCGUGAGUUCUGCGGAGUACCUCAGUGCUUCCUAUCCAGGAAUCAGAGGACCAAUAGAUGCAGCUUGCCGAAUACACAGCAGACACAAGUUAGAUGUACACAACAAGGUUUUCCUGUUUAAGGAUUCCAGUGCAUGGAUGUACUCUGGUGGCAUGUUGCAAGAUGGAUAUCCCAAACCAAUCCAUGAACUGUUUCCAGGAAUCCCUGACAAACUAGAUGCAGCAGUGGAAUGCCCAGCUGGUGAAUGCCUGAGUGACUCUGUUCUCUUCUUCAAAGGAGGCGAUGUCUAUGUUUAUGACCUAAUCACAGGAAAGGUCAAGCAGAAGAGAUGGACAACCAUCCCAAAGUGUACUGCUGCCUUACGCUGGUUGGAGAGAGAUUACUGUUUUAAUAAGAUCAUGUUCCACCGAUUCACCCCAGUAAGAGGAGAGAUACGUCCUACAUAUGCACUGGAUGCACGGAAUUAUUUCAUUCGCUGUCCUGGAAGAGGUCACGGAAAAGAAGCCAAGAAGAAUGCCACUAUCAUGUCCAUAAUGGAUCGUUGCAGCAACAGAUCAUUUGAUGCCUUCAUCUCUGAUGACUUGGAUCGUGUCUAUGCACUCAGAGGUAACUGGUACUUGAGCCUGCAUACCCAUUUGGAUGGCUGGCAUGCCUGGCCCUUGCGUGAGGCCUGGAAAGAACUUAAUGGAAUUAUUAAUGCCGCUUUCUACUGGGACCACAAAAUGUACUUCAUACAGGGUUCUCAGGUGUACAUCUACAAAGCCGAUCAGAGUUACACAUUGAUAGAGGGUUACCCUAAGCCUUUACAGGAGGAGCUGGGGAUACAGGAUGAUAACCUGGAUGCAGCAUUUUCAUGUCCUGGGUCCUCACUACUGUACUUCAUCAAAGGGAAUAAGAUGAGGAGUGUGGAUCUUCUAAACCCCAUGGGUACACAGGGUUUGAAACAAACCAUUCCCCACACUCACACUGAUGCCGCCACAUGCACACCUCUGGGGGUCUUCUUGUUUGAUGGUACUGUUUAUUACAAAUACCAGGACCCUGCUCAGCUUGCAGCUGCUAAAAAACUGCCAGAGCCUCAUAGUAUCUCUAAAGAUUUCAUGAAGUGUGUGAAUUAAAAUACAAGAAACUUUUGCUUUUUCCUUUCAGUCUGUGGGAGUAUUCCUGAUCUCAAGCUUAUGGUUCAUGUCAUAAUCUUCUAAAAAAAGGACAGUGUGUCUCCAACACCCAAACAUACUUUUAAUCAUUGGAGUAGACUUUGUUCUUAUGCAUAUCAAAAUGUUUUACCGAUAUAAUGAUUUGCUAUUACUGCAUUUCCUGUUCCAUUUUUUUCUGUAUUCCUACAGUCACACCUUUUACAGAUGAUUACUUAGAAUGAGUUCCAUAUAUCAGUUUGCCUUUUGUGCAUAUGAUCUGUAAAAUGAUAGAACUGGUCACAAAUUAUGCACUGAAAUAGCAGGAUAAUAAAUUAUUAAAAUAACCAGA